AUGGGGGGGAUUUUUACCUGUUCUCCCCGAUGGAUCUGCCGGAACAAGCACCCUCUCAAGAAUCUGUUUGUAUCUCCCAGAGCGCUACAAGAAUCCCUCUUGAGCGUCAAGAUGCCUAAGGAAAAAGCUCAAAUCUCCGUCGUCGUUAUCGGCCACCUCGAUCAUGGCAAGUCCACCACCGCUGGUCACCUGAUGUACAAGUGCGGUGCAGUCACAAGGAAUACCAUCCGGGAGUACGAGCAAGAAGCCGCUGGUAUGGGCAAGGCCUCGUUCAAGUACGCGUGGGUUCUUGAUAAGUUGCAAGCUGAACGUGAGCGUGGAAUUACUAUGGACAUUUCACUCUGCAAAUUCGAGACGCCUAAAUAUAUAGUCACCGUCAUUGACGCUCCUGGUCAUCGUGACUAUAUAAAGAAUACGAUUACCGGUGCCUCGCAGGCCGACUGCGCGAUCCUCGUCAUUUCUGCGGACACUGGUGCGUUUGAGACCGGUGUGGAAAAAGGUGGCCAAACUCGCGAACACCUUCUACAUGCAUUCACCCUAGGGGUCCGCCAGCUUAUUGUGGCCGUGAAUAAGAUGGAUACUACUAGAUGGAGCGAGGAGCGCUUUAAUGAGAUUAUCAAGGAGACCUCCGGUUUCGCGAAAAAGGUCGGCUACAAUCCUAAGGCAACAACCUUUGUCCCUAUCUCUGGCUUAUAUGGUGAUAAUAUGCUGGAGGAGUCCGAAUAUAUGCCCUGGUUUAAGGGCUGGACAAAAGAGAACAGGGGUGGCGUUGUAAAGGGUAAAACCUUGCUUGAUGCCAUCGACGCACUGGAACCAAUGCCCAACUCCACUGCCACUGAUAAGCCCUUACGUCUACCCAUCCGGGAGGUUCAAGAGACAGAGACCGAUACUGUGCUGACCGGCCGUAUCGUGACUGGGACUAUAUACCCUGGCAUGGUGCUAACCAUUGCCCCGACCGAUACCGUCGUUAACGUGGAAUAUAUUGAGAUUGAUGACGAGGAGGUCAAUCAAGGUACUGCAGGUGAACAUGUUAGCGUUCAUAUCACAAUCACAGAGGGUGAGGGGGAGAUCCGCCCCGGCUAUGUCGCUGGUGAUAUUGACAACGACCCCCCGGCGAGUGUUGCCUCCUUCAAUGCCCAGGUUAUCGUUCUGGACUACCCUGACGAGAUCAGUGCUGGCUAUAUCUUUACCGUGCACUGUCAUUCUUUCCAUAUUCCAUGUAGGUUCUCAGAGAUUAUGGACAAGAUGGACCGCCGUACUGGCCGGUCGAUCGAGCACUCGCCCAGCUCUAUCAGGACGGGUGAGGCCGCUCUAGUCAAGUUGGUCCCCACCAAGCCGAUGUGCGUUGAGCCCUACAGCAAGAACCCCUGUCUUGGUCGUUUCGUCGUCCGUGACAUGGAUGGCACUGUCGGUGUUGGGGUCAUCAAAAGCGUCGAGUUUGGUACCGUCGAAGAGGAUGAUGAGGAUGAUGAAGAUGACGAAGAUGACGAAGAUGACGACGAUGACGAAGAUGACGACGAUGAUGACGAUGACGAAGAGUAUUAUUCGGAUUAG